AUGUCCGACAGCUAUAAAAUACCCCUAUUUACAUAUGAGCCUAUUCCACUGACGGCACGGCUCCAUGCGCAUGUCUACGGGGCAAUCAAUCCCUCUCGGUCCUGCCUUUCCCAAGCUGGUAAGACAGUGCUUAUCACAGGGGGGUCCGAUGGCAUUGGCUUCGCCAUCGCCAAGAACUUUAGUUUCGCUCAAGCGGAUAGAGUGAUCAUAACUGGAAGAACCAGCGAAAAACUUGAUGCAGCAGUAGACAAACUCUUUCGGGAGCAUAAGGCGAGUCAGAAUUAUUGCACCCCGACAAAGUUCGAGGGAAGACUGUGCCAUUUGCCAGACACGAAUAGCAUCAAUUGUCUAUUUGAUGAGCUGGCUGUCGAUGGCGUGCACGUGGAUGUUCUAGUGUUGAAUGCCGCUCUAAAUGUAGCUGGGACGCUAUCGGAGCAAGGCUGGGAGAAGACAUGGGAGCAGUUCGUGGUCAACACUCGUUCGCUUCAUCAAUUGCACGAUCGGUUACGUCAACAAGAGACGCAACAAGAAAGAAGAUAUUCCAUCGUCAAUGUCUCAUCAGGCGCAAUCCACGACUUUGGCAGUCCAAAAGACCUAUCAUCUUAUUCCUUAACCAAAGCCGCAGGGACACUAUUGUUGCAGAAGCUCGCCGAUGAGAGUAACCCACAGCAAACUCAAAUCAUUAGCUUCCAUCCUGGUGCUAUCUUUACAGCUCAAACCAGGGACAAGGGUAUGACAGAAGAUUCGAUGAAUUGGGACGAUGUAAGCCUCCCCGGCGCGUUCGCAGUCUGGUGUGCUUCUCCAGAAGCUUUGUUCCUGCAUGGUCGAUUUGUGUGGGCAGCUUGGGAUGUUGACGAACUAAAGAGUGGGCCAGUCAGGAGGAAACUUGAGAAAGAUGUCAAUUUUCUCCGUAUUGGCGUGCAUGGGUUGUAG